UAAUCUCAUAAAUGAACACACCUUAGUAGUCCCUGAUGAGUUGGAAUAGGAAAUGGAAAUGGAUCCUACCUCGUCCCUGAUAUCAGUCGAGUGCAAAAGCGCCGUGUUCUGUUCUAUUUAUAAUAAUCGUCAGUCACCCCUUGAAUGUCGGCACCGCAAAGACUUCUACUACUCUCCAAUCUCUCCCACAUUCUCCCACCUUCUUCUUCUUCUUCUUCUUCUUCUUCCUUCAAAUCUAGAACCUUCUUUUUCCUUCCAUUCUCUCAAUCUUCCUCACUCUCACUAUCAAUGCCUCGCAAUCAGCGAAGUGGAGGUUACCGCGGAGAACAGAGAUGGAAAGAGAAACCUAAAACUGAACCGCAAGUAUCGGCUAUUGGAGAUGCGGAAACCGUUACUAACAAACUUUCUGGAAUUCAUAUUGGUGAAUCUACCGUGGUUCACCAUGGUAAUAAGGUUACUUCAACGGCAAUUUGGAAACCGAAAUCUUAUGGAACUGUUAGUGGAGGAGCAACUGUAACUGAACUUGAAAGCACGCCAGGUGUUGGUGGUGUUGAGGUGGCUUCAAGUUCAACUCAGAAGGGUAAUGGUAGUGCUAGUUUGAGUAACUCAUUUCGCAGUAAUCUGUUGGAGAAUUUUACUGUGGAUAAUUCCACUUAUGCUCAUGCGCGAAUCAGGGCGUCUUUUUACCCCAAAUUUGAAAAUGAAAAGUCUGAUCAAGAGACAAGGUCAAGGAUGAUUGAGUUGGUAUCAAAAGGUUUGGCUACAUUAGAGGUUUCACUUAAACACUCUGGCUCUCUUUUUAUGUAUGCCGGUCAUGAGGGUGGAGCUUAUGCAAAAAACAGUUUUGGAAAUAUAUAUACUGCUGUUGGUGUAUUUGUUCUUGGGCGAAUGUUUUGCGAGGCUUGGGGAACUGAAGCUUUAAAAAAGCAGGCUGAAUUUAAUAAUUUUCUUGAGAGAAACCAUAUGUGCAUAUCAAUGGAAUUAGUAACUGCUGUUCUUGGAGACCAUGGACAGCGUCCUCAUGAAGACUAUGUGGUGGUUACAGCAGUUACUGAAUUGGGCAAUGGAAAGCCAAAGUUCUAUUCAACCCCUGAGAUAAUCUCUUUUUGCAGAAAAUGGCGAUUACCAACAAAUCACGUGUGGUUGUUCUCAACAAGGAAAUCAGCCUCUUCCUUCUUUGCUGCGUAUGAUGCCUUAUGUGAGGAAGGUACUGCAACUUCUGUAUGCAGGGCUCUUGAUGAAAUUGCGGACGUAUCUGUACCAGCUUCAAAAGACCAUGUGAAAGCCCAAGGUGAAAUUUUAGAGGGUCUUGUAGCUCGUCUUGUGAGCCAUGAGAGUUCAAACCAUAUGGAGAAAAUUUUGAAGGAAUUUCCCCCUCCACCUGCUGAUGGAGCUACCCUCGAUUUCGGUCCAAGUCUUAGGGAAAUUUGUGCUGCCAAUAGAUCUGAUGAAAAACAGCAAGUGAAAGCGCUUCUUGAGAGUGUUGGUAGCUCAUUUUGUCCUGAUUACUCAGAUUGGUCUGGUACCGAUGCUUCUGAUGUUCAUUCAAGAAAUGCGGACAAAUCUGUUCUUCCAAAGUUUUUACAAGCUCAUCCGACAGACCAUUCAACUAAAAAGUUGCAGGAAAUAAUUCGGUUGAUGAGGGAAAAACGCCUCCCUGCUGCAUUCAAAUGUUAUCAUAACUUCCACAAAGUUGAUGCCAUAUCAAAAAACAACCUUUUCUAUAAAAUGGUCAUUCAUGUGCACAGUGAUUCUGCUUUUCGGAGAUACCAAAAUGAGAUGAGGAAACAACCAGGAUUAUGGCCACUUUAUCGAGGAUUUUUUGUUGAUAUCAAUUUAUUCAAGGCAGACAAAGAGAAAGUCGCUGGAAUUUCUAAGAACAGUAUAAAUGAAAGUGGUAGCACCGGUACUGAAAAAGAUGAUUUUGCUGACGAAGAUGCAAAUUUAAUGGUCAAAUUGAAGUUUCUUACGUAUAAGCUGCGAACCUUUCUCAUUCGAAAUGGAUUGCCAAUUCUGUUUAAAGAAGGUACAGGUGCUUACAAGGCAUAUUACUUGAGACAAAUGAAAAAAUGGGGAACCUCUCCUGGAAAGCAAAGAGAACUUACCAAAAUGCUUGAUGAAUGGGCUCUGUAUAUAACAAGAAAGUGUGGAAAAAGGCAACUUUCAUCAUCAAUAUAUCUUGGUGAAGCUGAACCUUUCCUUGAACAGUUUGCAAAACGUAGUCCACAGAACCAAUCUCUAGUAGGUUCUGCUGGUAAUUUAGUUAGGACCGAAGAUUUCUUGGCCAUUGUUGAGGGCGGCCAGGAUGAAGAAGGUGAUCUUGUAUCAGAGCGGGAUAUAACACCAUCAGGGCCUAAUAUCUCAGUCAGAGACACAGUUCCAAAAGAUGAAGGGAUGAUUGUAUUCUUUCCCGGAAUACCAGGUUGUGCAAAGUCUGCCAUUUGCAAAGAAUUGCUAAAUGCACAGGGAGGACUACUAGGAGAUGAUCGACCCGGUCAUAGUCUCAUGGGUGAUCUAAUUAAAGGAAAAUAUUGGCAGAAAGUCGCUGAAGAGCGCAAAAAGAAACCGAAGUCUAUAAUGCUUGCUGACAAGAAUGCCCCAAAUGAAGAAGUUUGGAGACAGAUAGAAGACAUGUGUCACAGAACCAGGGCAUCUGCUGUCCCAGUUGUGCCUGAAUCUGAAGGAACUGAUUCAAAUCCAUUUUCCCUUGAUGCUUUAGCUGUCUUCAUGUUUCGUGUGCUUCAACGAGUCAAUCAUCCAGGAAAUCUUGACAAGGCAUCUCCAAAUGCAGGCUAUGUGCUGCUAAUGUUCUAUCACCUUUAUGAUGGCAAGAGCCGCAAAGAUUUUGAGGGUGAAUUAAUUGACCGUUUUGGGUCACUUGUGAAGAUCCCAUUAUUGAAAUCCGAUAGGAAUCCCCUUCCCGAGGCAGUGCAGUGCAUUUUGGAGGAAGGAAUCAAUCUAUAUAAGCUUCACACUAAAAGACAUGGAAGGUUAGAAUCUACCAAGGGUACGUACGCAAAGGAAUGGAUGAAAUGGGAGAAACAAUUACGGGAUAUUCUUUUUGGAAAUGCUGAUUAUCUUAAUACAGUCCAGGUUCCAUUCGAGUUAGCUGUCAAGGAAGUGUCGGAACAAUUGAGAAACAUUGCUAAGGGAGAUUACAAGCCUCCAGAUACUGAAAAGAGGACGUUUGGUACCAUUGUUUUUGCUGCUCUCAGUCUGCCAGUAAUAGAAAUUCAAGGUGUCCUAAAUAAUUUAGCCAAGAAUAAUCCGAAGAUUGACGAAUUCCUUAAAGAUAAGCAUCUAGAGAAUCUUAAUCGAGCUCACUUGACUCUUGCCCAUAAAAGAAGUCAUGGCAUCAAAGCUGUCGCUGAUUAUGGUCUGUGGCUACAUAAAAAGGCACCAGUGGAGUUGACGGCACUGCUCUACUCAGAUAAAAUGGCUGCGUUCGAAGCUUUUCCUGGCUCAGUGGAAGGAGAGAAGAUAGUUCCGAAAAAUACGUGGCCCCAUAUUACCUUGUGGACUAGUCAAGGGGUUUCAGCCAAGGAUGCCAACAUGUUACCACAGUUGUUUGCAGAGGGGAAAGCAAAUCGGAUAGACUUAAAUCCUCCCAUCAAUGUGUCUGGCACAGUUGAGUUUUAUUGAGUUAAUUUUGCUGCUCAUCAUUCUAAAAUAUCUACAAGAUCACAUGUUUUAUUCAUAAAGGUUAGUGGAGUAACAAGAGAAGAUAAUGGCGAAAGUUUUUGUAGGAGCCAGCAUUUUCUUCUGAGGAAACAUUGUAUAUAAUGUUAAGCUGUUUAGAAAGCCAAGUAUGAUUUAUGGUGUAUCAUAACCUGGUAUUUAUCAUGAGGUCUAUAUGUUUUUGAACAAGCAUGAGGUCUAUAUGUUAGCAAACGAUUAAAUAAAAUCAUUAGAUAUAGUUUUCAAUUCAA